AGUCAUCCCGAAUGCUACCUCUUCGAGGUUCUUGACUUCAUUAGCCGGUAACGUUAUGUCUGACAGUUCCUAUAAGUUCUUCACAGGCAUUUGGUUAGCUAACGUUAACCGUUUAACGAGGUUGUUCUUUCCUGACCCAACACUUAAGCAUGUCCAUCGGUGUGCCAAUUAAAGUGCUUCACGAGGCCGAGGGCCACAUAGUCACGUGUGAAACGAACACGGGAGAGGUGUACCGAGGGAAGCUGAUUGAAGCAGAGGAUAACAUGAACUGCCAGAUGGCAAACAUCACAGUGACGUACAGGGAUGGACGAGUGUCUCAGCUUGAGCAGGUCUACAUUAGAGGCAGCAAGAUCCACUUCCUUAUUCUGCCUGACAUGCUGAAGAAUGCGCCCAUGCUGAAAAGUAUGAAGAAUAAGAACCAGGCAUCUGGCGCAGGAAGGGGCAAAGCGGCCAUUCUCAAAGCACAAGUCGCAGCCAGAGGCCGGGGAAGAGGUGGAAUGGGAAGAGGGAAUAUUUUCCAGAAAAGACGAUAAUCAUCCUGUUUUUUUGCUUUUUACUGUACAGAGUAUUUUUUUGGUUGUUUCAUUGUCCCUUAAUUAUGUCACAAAUGACUCGCUUGAUCAAUAAAGCAUGUUUUGUUUUUA